UGUGUACGCCACUCUGAGACCAUCUUUCUCUCUCUGAAAUUUGAAGGAGUAGAAUGGAUCUCCGGCCUUGUUGUUAUCGCCUCGUCUUGCUCUUGAUAUUCAUGUUGCUGUCACAAACUCGUGUAUCGUCGAGCUGGUUCUUUUCAUCGAACGAAGAGGAUGCUCAUUCAAGCAAGAAAGAGGCGGUUUACAAAAAUGUGGCUUCUGAGUUCUCCUUGGAAGCACUCCAUGACAACGAGAAGGGGAUCCAGUUGAUCGAGAACGCCAAGAACAAGAUGCUCGCGCCAAAUUCUUGCUGGCAGACGGCCUACCAGGGCGUGUUUGAAGGAUGUGCUAGGACCCUUGCUGAUGAGGAACUACGGUCUAGGCUGGCGUGGAGCCUCAGUGAUUGCUUCCAGAGGCACACGGGCCGGCCCCCUUUCCCUCAUUGUGAUCCCAAGUCCAAAAUGAGGAAGUGUUUGCAGAGUUUAGAUAGAGAUAAUCACCAAAUCUAUCUUGAAUACUUUCUCGAAACGAACUCCAUCUGUCACCAAUUGCAGACACAGGCGUUCAAGCAUCAAACCGAGAGAUUGGUGAACGAGCUCAAGAGCACUGCUGAGUACGCAGAGGCGAAGCUAGGAAAGAUCGAAGAACAAGGGGAGAUACUGAUGCAGAACGCGGAGCAAGUCCAUGAUUCUAUAGCCUUAAUAGAUGUCCGGACUCAGAAAGUUGCUGAGACCUCAAAAGUGUUGGAGGAUCACGUGAACUCCGUGCUGAGGUACUCUGAAGUAGUCUACGAGCAGUCUAAGGGGAUAAUGUCGUCUCAGAUGGAGUUGAGCGAGGGGCAAGCGUUAAUGAAGGAGAAUUUGGCACAGGGAAUGGAGUUGCUUCAGAGCUCGUACGAGAAUCUUGGAGACGAAAUUGUCAAGUUGAGAAACGAAGCAGCUGAGAUAGAGAUCGAGAUUGGGAAGGUUGGGGAUGCAAUGUCAUCGAGGAUGAGUGUUUUACAGAGUAAAGCAGACGAUAUAGGGAAUAUGGCCGGGACAUCGUUGGAUAAACAGAAAGAGCUUUUGGACGGGCAGUCUAUAGCUCUCGAGGGGCUCGAUUUUCUCACCAAGUUUCAGUCACAGGCCCUUGAAGAGAGCAGGUUAACGCUGCAGAAGUUGGCUGAAUUCGGGCAUAAGCAGCAGGAGGAACUGCUCGAGAAGCAGAAGCAACUCCAUAAGUCUCAUGAUCAUCUAGUGGAGAACUCGAAACUGAUAUUAUCAGCUCAGGAAACAUUUGAAUCGAAGCAAGCAACCAUGUUUGUUGCCUUGGAUAAGCUCUUUGAACUGCACAAUGCUAUGCUGUUUGAGUCACGUGUCAUCAUCGCGUUCUUGGUUUACUCGUUUGCAAUUUUCAUCGUCUACAUGCUGACCAGCAUAAAGCACGCCUACAGCGUGAGGCAUAGGCUGUAUCUAGGCCUGUGCGCGACGUUCUUGAUUGAGAUAAGUAUAUUUUGGACCGUGACAACGGAUGUUGAGCGACAAAGAUGGUUGAUACGCGUUGUUAGGUCACUCUUCGCGCUCUCAGCAUCCGUCCAGUACGUGUAUGCCAUAUUUACCUACAGGGAUUACGAGGUGUUGAACCACGAGAUGCUAAUGACGUUGAUGGAGAAGGUAAACAGCAUUCAGCGGAGCAAGGAGAUGGUGGCGUGGGAUGCAGAUGUCGAGAGCGAUAUGAAUUGGCGUUCGUGGGUGGAUACAGAGCUGACAGAAGAUGUGCAGCUGCUGGAAGAUCCCGACUACGUGCUGCCUGAGGAAUUUGACGAGUCAAAUUCCUCAGUCACCAAUUCGCAUACGAAGAGUUACAACCUUCGUAGGCGAAGUUAGAAGUUUUGGCACACAGAAAUGCCUAGUUUUUUGUUGUAGUAAGUGAUAGAUGAAUUGCAAUAACAUAACCUUAAUAACUUA